AUGCGUCAACGCUCAUCUACUUUCCUCAAUGGCGAUCGUCAAAGUUCAUGUAGUGAACAUGACCAAACGACAACCAGCCGGAGAAGAGUAAGCUUCGAUCUGUCACACAACGUGGUCCAUAUUCUACCCACCCUAGAAGAGUGCCGCAAAGAAGCAUCACGUCGUGGUCAUGAACAAUGGGAACGAAAACAACUAAGUCAAGAGAUGCUCAACGACAUGAUCAUUGCUGAAAUCCAGCAAGAGUGUACUCGGUCCAUGGCUGAGGAGACAUCAUCAGAGGAAGAGGUACAACAUCAAUCACUCAAAAGUUGUUUGAAGCGACCGCCACCACCUUCUUCUUCUACUCAAGCUUCAUCACCGCAUCAUCAUUCCCACAAGAAGAAUAAGAAAAAGAGCAAAAGGAGUACCAAGCGAACCAGUAAACAUCAUGGCUGCAACACGGAAGCACGGGGUCAAUCGUUUUUACCGUCACCCAACAUGGCUAUGUGUUAA